AUGAAUUCCUGCAUUUUCAGGAUUGGAGUAGUUCAAGUUGUUAUUACGACUUUAGGCCUGUUAAUGGCCGCUAUCCGUAAAAAAUUGGUCAUCGUUGGUGAUGGCGCCUGUGGUAAAACAUGCCUUUUAAUCGUGUUCAGUAAGGAUCAAUUCCCGGAUGUUUACGUACCAACAGUGUUUGAAAAUUAUGUUGCAGAUAUUGAAGUGGACGGAAAGCAGAUAAGUUUGCUAUUUAACAUUUUUAAGUCUUUCGUAUUGUGUAACAAAUAUGCAGUGGAACUGGCUUUAUGGGACACUGCUGGCCAAGAAGAUUAUGAUCGAUUAAGGCCUCUCAGUUAUCCAGAUACUGACGUAAUCCUGAUGUGCUUUAGUAUUGACUCGCCGGAUUCGUUAGAAAACAUCCCAGAAAAGUGGACACCUGAGGUACGCCAUUUCUGCCCAAAUGUUCCAAUAAUUUUGGUUGGUAAUAAGAAAGAUCUUCGUAAUGACCCACAGAUGGUACGUGAAUUAGCAAAGAUGAAACAGGAACCAGUACGUCCGGAACAGGGCCGUGCUAUAGCUGAACAAAUCGGUGCUUUCGCAUAUUUAGAGUGUUCCGCAAAAACAAAGGAUGGAAUUCGAGAAGUGUUCGAAAAAGCAACGCAGGCUGCGCUGCAGCAAAAGAAAAAGAAAAAGAAGUGUGUCAUUCUUUGA